CGUGGCAGGAGCUUCAUCCUCCUCUUGUUUGUGUCGACGCUGCUGUCCGGUCCAAUAAAGAACACGCUGGAAAACACGGAGCGAGCUGCCUCCAGCCUGCUCUGUGGAGCAGAGCUGGCAGCCAAUCAAACACAGGAGCUGAUGCAGAGGGCAGCCACACCCCUCUUCUCCGUGUUGGACAAAGUCAGAGAGAUCAGCAGAAAUGCUUACGCCGUCGCAGGAAGAGUCCAAAACUUCAUCAACGCCCUGACAGACAGCGUCCGCCAUGUUGCUCGCACUCUCAGGAAUGUCCUCCACUUCCUCGUGGACAUCGGAGACAUUUGCAACGACAAACUCAGAGCUCCGUACAGGAAGUGCCGGGACGUCUUUGCUGAGGCUCGGACCGACUGCAACAACCUCCUGGGAGAAUUCAACUUCCUGUGUGACAUCGUGGACGGCUUUCUGCCGCUCUGCAACAUCGCUCGUGCCGGUGAGUUCUUCUGCAUCGUCCCCUCCUACAUCGCCAACCAUCUGAAACAACGUCUGGCAGAACCGACGGUGGCUGCGUUUAAGAAGCUGAUGGCAGAGUUUGACUUCAACAUGACGGCGUCGGUGCAGGUGGACCUGGACACUAACAGCAGCCGCUCCCUGCAGCAGGUCUCUCAGGACAUCAUGGCUGAGAUCUCCUCUGAUCUGCAGAUGUUUCAGAAACUGAGUGAACCUCUGAUGUACGGAUGCCUGGUUCUGCUGGGCUGGGCUUUUGUGAGGGCGGUGCGGUACAGGCGCAGGUAUCUGAGUGACCUCAGCUUUGAUAACAUUUACAUCAACGCUCGGUUCAAAGAGCUGGACCAGCAGGUGUCCUCAGGGGGCGGAGCUUCAGUGCUGCCACUCACACGUAGAGAGGCUCAGACCUACAUCACUCCUUUGUCGUUCCAGCUGUCGUACAAAGAGCGCCGGGCUGUACUGGUCGGCGUGACCUCCGUCUUUAAACACCUGGUGAUUGGCAGCCUGCUGGUGUCGCUGGACUUCCUGGUGUUCUGGAUUCUGGAUCAGGUGUACCACCAGGUGAAGGGGGACGUGUUCGCCCGAGCUCCGGUCUCACUGGUGGUCCAGGUGAACGGGUCCGGUUACGCCUCAGACAUCUUCAGAGACCUGGUGGCCUCGUUCAACAUCCUGCAGAGCGGAAACAUCACGGUGAUCAGCAGGAAGUGUCUGAUGGAGCCGUCGGAGCCCAGCUACGUCACCUGUUUCAUCCUCGGGUUCCUGCUGGGUGUGGCUCUGCUCAUCUCUGUGACCGGAGGCUUCGUGCAGCGCUGCAGACGCCUCACCUGUGCUGCCUUCCACCCACAGAGAGAGCAGGAGAGGAUCUGCUUCCUGCGCCAGCAGAUCCUGGAUCAGCGCAGGGCGGUGGGCCGGGCCCUGAGGAGGUCUGCAGUCAGAAACCAGGCUGACCGGCAGGAAGGAGGAGGAGGAGCGUUCCUCCACGCUCUGCUCAUGUGGUUACCGAGAAGAGUUCUGCUUUACCUGUCAAGCCCGUUGUCUCGUCUCACCUGCCUGGCCUGCGGUGAGAUGGUGAGGCCCAAAGAUGAGAACACGGUCACCUGUGACGUCCCAAGGUGUUCAGGCGUGUAUUGUCGGACGUGUUUCCGCAGUUUGGGGAACACGUGUGUCGUCUGCAUGCGACCUUUGACCUUCCAGGAAGACAGCGAGGAGGAGCUAGACUCCAGCGACGACGAGCAGCUGAACCUUUGGUCCGAAGCUCUGGAGUCUCCUCACAUCGUGGACUGCUGCUCCCGGAGGCUGAUGAAGAGGAGGAUCGGCACAGCCAAACGCAGAAGACCCUUAGACCAGUCCGAGGGUGGAGUCAGACCCACGGACUGGUCCGAGGGUGGAGUCAGAAGAAUUGAUGGAGUCGAUGCGGGGGAGAGUGACAGCAGCGUCCACCUCAACGUUCUCUCUGAUUCUGAUCUCAGCGAAGCAGACACGACCUACCAGGACCGACCCGGGUCUGAUGACAGCGACACCUCCUUUCACUCCGCCUUGUCACCAGAAACAUUCCUCCUCCAGAACCAAGUGCUCAGCUCGGUCUGCGUUGAGCGCCCUCCAGAACCUUCCAGAACCCGUCUCCAGGAUCCAGAGGUCCCUCCUGUGAAAGUUAAUAAAGAACAGCAGUGA